UGCUUGGUUGGCAUGUGGUUCGGUCGUAAUCAGAAAUCUAUUGGCACCACCAAAGAAUUAUAAUUUGCUUCACAAAUCAUUCUUUUAAACUCCUAACACACAGCUUGUUUUUAUAUCAGAUGUUAAAGUUUAAAAUACUAGGGUCGAAUAAGGAAAAUGUGUAGCGUGCUUACAUAACCUUUCCAUAGACUGAAGAUGGUAAAAUUGUGCAAACGGUUACUGGCCUCAUUCUUUAGGUUAGAACAGUAUAUGUUAAAUCUAGCAUCUGACGAACAUUUUCUCUCAUCAGUAACAAAUGAUGAGGAUAGCUCUGAUGCAGAUGAUGACCAUGAAUUGGAUGAGUCAGAUGAAGAUGAUGAUGUUGAAGGGGAAUCAGGAAGUGAAGACAGUGGUGCUUCAUCUCUGGGAAAGGAAACUACUACAAAAGAUGAAGAUUAUGAAUCUGAUAGUGACUACAGUGAAUAUGGUAGUGAAGAGAUUGAUCAGGAGGAAGAGAGAAGUGCUGAAGGUUUGGAGGGAAGUGAGGUGUCAUAUGAGGAUGAGGUGAAAGAGUCUGAUCAACUAAAACUCUUAUUCAAAAUGAAACGAACCUGUUCCUCAAAAAUUAAGAAGUCUAAUACAGAAAAUUCAAGCAACAUUUCACAGAUUACUAGUAAAAAUAAAAUAUUUAACAAGGAAAGGCAGGUGGAUGAGAAUGAAACAACUAAACAAAUAGAUGAUGAAUAUAAGAGUGAUUCAUCAGAUGAAGAGGACAUUCGCAGCACAGUAGGUAACAUUCCUAUGAAUUGGUAUGAUGACUAUACACAUCUAGGAUAUGACUGGGAUGCCAAGAAAGUUAUGAAACCUCUAAAGCAAGAUGAACUUGACAGUUUCCUUAAAAGAAUGGAGGAUCCUAAUUUCUGGCGCACUGUCAGAGAUCCCCAGACUGGUCAGGAUGUUGUGUUAUGUGAUGCAGAUGUGGAUAUAAUUCAGCGACUUCAGGCACAGAAAAUCCCAGAUGCAAACUUUGAUGAUGCAGCACCUUGGGUAGAAUGGUUUACAUCAGAAGUCAUGAAGACUCCAAUUGUUCGAGUUCCUGAUCACAAACGAUCAUUCUUGCCAAGCAGGGUUGAGGCAAGGAAGGUAGCAAAGAUGGUACAUGCAAUAAAGAUGGGUUGGAUGAAACCUCAGGAGGAGAAGAAAGAGAGUCACGAACCUAAAUUUUUCAUGUUGUGGCAAACAGAUGAAGGAGUGGAGCAUAUGAGACGCAUUCAAAACCAUAUUCCUGCUCCAAAACGUCAUCUUCCAGGUCAUGCUGAGUCGUAUAACCCUCCACCUGAAUACCUCUUUGAUAAGAGAGAGCUUAAGGAGUGGAACAAACUGAGAACAGCACCAUGGAAGAGGAAACUUCACUUUGUUCCCCAGAAAUACAACUCCUUACGUUCAGUUCCAGCAUAUGAUCGUUUUGUCAAUGAGAGAUUUCAACGUUGUCUUGAUUUAUACCUGUGUCCCAGAGCCAGAAAAAUGAGGUUGACUAUUGAACCUGAGGAUUUAUUGCCUCAGUUGCCAAACCCCAAGGAUCUGCAGCCAUUCCCAACUGUUAUGUCCAUGGUCUAUGAGGGUCAUACAGAUAUGGUUCGUUCCAUAGCUGUUGAACCUAAAGGGCAAUAUAUGGUCUCUGGAUCUGAUGAUCUAACUGUUAAAGUAUGGGAGAUAUCAACUGGACGUUGUGUUCGGACAAUUCCUGUAGGUGGCAUAGUGCGGUCAGUAAGUUGGUGUCCAAAUCAGGCUCUGUCACUAAUUGCUGUUGCAGCAGAUCGUAAAGUUCUGUUGGUUAACCCUGGAGUAGGGGACCAUUUGAUUUGUUCUAAGACAGACUCAUUACUGGAUGAAGCACCAGAACAGGAUGUUGUAGUGUCAGAAAGGGUUAAGACAGCUGUACAGUGGGAACAGGCCAGUGAGGACAUCUGGAAGAAUGGGAUUCGUAUCAUAAUCAGUCACUUCAAGGAAGUAAGACAGGUCACAUGGCAUGGGAAAGGUGACUAUUUUGCUACUGUAAUGCCUGAAGGACAAAAUCGCUCAGUAGUAAUUCAUCAGUUGUCAAAGCGACGAUCACAGGUACCAUUCAGCAAAUCGAAAGGUUUGGUGCAGUGUGUUCUGUUCCAUCCUGUACGCCCAUUCUUCUUUGUUGCAACACAGAAGAUUGUUCGGGUCUAUGACUUGGCUAAGCAGGAAUUAGUGAAAAAGUUACAUUCAAAUUCUAAGUGGAUUUCAUCUAUUGCCAUCCACCCAGGUGGAGACAACCUCUUGGUUGGAACAUAUGAUCGCAAGAUGUUGUGGUUUGAUCUAGACCUCUCAACCAAACCAUACCAAACAUUGCGUCUGCAUGGAACAGCAGUGAGAGGAGUAGCAUACCACAGGCAGUACCCACUGUUUGCAUCAGGGUCAGAUGAUCGUAGUCUUAUUGUUUGUCAUGGGAUGGUUUAUAAUGAUCUUCUUCAGAACCCACUGAUUGUACCACUCAAGAGGUUAAGCAACCAUGAGUCCUACAAUGAUUUCGGGAUAUUUGAUGUAAUUUUCCACCCAACACAACCUUGGGUUUUCUCCAGUGGAGCUGACAAAACCAUACGUCUCUACACAUGACACCAUAGUGACACGUAAUGUAAAAGGUAAUAACAAAUGGAAGGUCUGCAUACUAAUUAAGGUAUUGUCCCUUCUGUGAAAGAAUUUGUAAUUCCUUCUAUAAAAUAAAUUACAGUUUGGGCUAUUA